AUGUCGGUCCCUUUAGGUACAAUCAUCUACAUUGCAGUGAAGCCGAUCUUCAAGAUAUACUUGAUUAUCGGCGUGGGUGUGCUCAUGGCGAGGCUGAAUGUGUUGACGGUGGACACAUCGAGAAACAUCAGUUCGUUGGCAGUGAUGGUUCUCUUGCCGGCUUUGGCGUUUGAUAAAAUUGUGACAAACAUCGACAACAGCGAUAUCAAGCAGAUUGCGACGAUUGUCAUUGUGUCCUUCUUCAUGAUGGGCUCCGGAAGCAUAGGUACGUUCCUGAUUGGUGCCGCUCUCGGGUGCCCCGUGAGCUGGUACGGUGGACUUUUGUCGUGCGGUCUUUUACCGAACAUUUCUGAUCUCCCGAUUGCAUACUUGCAGUCCAUGGAGAGUUCAAACAUCUUGAAGCAUGUGGACAAGGGAGUCUCGUAUGUGUGCAUCUUCUUGGCGCUCCAGAUGAUAGUGCAGUUCAACUUUGGCGGCUUCAAGUUGAUCGAGUUGGAUUUCCGCAAGCAGCUCAAUUCGGACGACGAGGAGGACGAUUUAGAGCAGGGAGCCGAAAUUGGGGACAGUGACGCCAUUGUGGAUGGUUCGACCCCCGCGGGGGAAACCCACACACCAGGUGAAGGUACCAGCAGUCUGCAGGAAGACUCUGCGGGCUCAACUUUGCUAAAAGAGGCCUUACCGAGCUCCGAGAGCACUUCCGGCGAGGAAAACACAAAAACUGGCGAUGCCAGGCACAGGACAGUGCGGGCAACGUCACCAUCGCCAAGAAUAACGGCUGAAGGACCCCAGGAAGAGGCCGCAGAGCAGGAGGAAACAGCUCCGAUAUCGCCGACAUCGACCCUAAGUUCGCUGGAUUCCAUAAUUGACAAUGCAUCGGUCAAUCCACGCAACAAGGCCCCGGAACCUCUCUACCGCGGGGACAGUGUCGGUGGGCACAGUGCACUAUCGCGGUUGGCAUCAAGGUUGAGCUACAGUUCGGCACUAAGCCGUAAGGCAAGCGUUCCAGACUCGAUCUUGAGCACGACGAAUUCCAGGACCCAGGCCCCGGAGAACAUGGAUGACAUUGUGAGGGUGUACUCGCACUUCAACGAGCUCAAGCAGAGCAAGGAGGAGGAGAAGGAGCGCAAGAGAAUGGAGAAACUCGAGUCUGGCACCAGCAGCACGUCCAGUUCGUCGACUUCGCUGGGUUUGGAGAAGCAGCCGGGCUUAGGCUUUAUUGCCAGGAAGAAGUACCAGCUGCAGAAGGCCAAAAGAGGCCUCCGCAAGACCAAGAAGACCUUGCGGCACCUUGAUUACUGGAAAAUCUUCAAAGAAGCCGUGAAUGUUCUUCUCACGAGUACUUUGAAGCCCUGUUCCGUGGCCGUUGUGCUCAGCAUCAUCGUGUGCAUGAUUCCCUGGGUCAAAGCGCUUUUUGUGUUCACCGACCAGGCCACAAUGCCCAAUGCUCCCGACCACCAACCUGCACUUUCUUUCCUCAUGGACUUCACAUCUUACAUUGGUGCUGCCGAGGUCCCGAUCGGGUUGCUUCUUUUGGGAGGAACCAUAGGCCGGUUGUCCUUGAGUAAGCUCCCCGCUGGAACCUGGAGGACCCCAGUUGGAGUCACGUUCUUUAAGUUGUUUGUGUUUCCAGUCAUCGGAUGUGCUUUGAACUCCAAACUACACAAGGACGGCCUUUUCUACAAUGAGGACAUCCUUUACUUCAUCUGCAACAUCAACUUCUGCCUUCCGCCGGCAACGUCGCUUAUUUACAUCACCGCAUUUUACACGCCCGUUGGCUCAAAGUCCACUUUGCAGAUGGACUGUCUUGCUUUGGCAUAUAUCUUCCACUAUAUAUGCUUGGUUGUGUGCCUACCGUUUGUCACUUCCUACACCAUGAAGGUCGCUUUGGGAUACUGA